AUGGAGCUAACUAUAGCCGCCAUAGCUACCACAGCUGUAGGUAUAGCUGGAGCUGGUUUCGUGAGGCGUCACACCAAUACCAAAGUGAACUGUUGGUUUUGUAAUCAGAACAGUAAAGUGCCUUAUCCGAAUAAAAAUUCUUUCGAAUGUGUACAUUGCGGACAAUAUAACGGAUUCACUGAUGCAGGUGAUUAUAAUAAGAGGAUCCCCGGUCAGCAAACUAUUGGUUCUAUACCAACCAAUGGCAGGUAUUGUAUGCCACAGAAUGGUAUGCCUAAAGGCAAUGGCUUAUGUGAAGCAUGCAAUAUUAAACAAACGACGAUUAUGAAACAAAUAGCCGAUUUCGAGCCAUUGAACGAAGAUCGAUGGGAGGAGGAACUAGAAGAAUUCAAAUACAAGCUAGAUAAAGUGUACGCUUUAUGCUCUUCAUGCAGCAUCUUCACACACAGAAAAUUGGAAGAUGAUAAGAGACAAUUCAGUUACUUACUGAACUUGCGUGAAACAAUCAUUCCCGGUGUUCGUUCAGCAUGUAGGAAUGUUGUCAAACUAGCUUCGAGAGUGGCUCAUCGUCAUCGUAGAUCAUUUUUUUCUGGAGGUAAAGUCACAGAAGUCUCUCAUUUCAUGUCACUGAUCUCUACCGCGGCACUAUUCAUUGCGAAUUUGCAUUAUCUGCAGGAGGAUGCUGGUGUGGAGUUUGUAACAUUUCCAGCUUUCACACAGAGCUUUCUUCCUUAUUUGAUUCACUUUGGUAGGCAUAUGUUAUUAUUUUCUCUCUUCUCCCAUUCCUUAGCCUUGAUGUGCAACAAGAAUCGCACUACACUUCCGGAUCUCAUCUUCCCCAUUUCCACUAUCACUAUGUUACUGACUUAUUUUGUACCAGAAAAAGAAUACCAUGAAGAUCUCAUUUUGUUCAGAUGUGCCCUUACUUCUUUUAUGAUUAUAAUCUCGGCCGCCAUCACCUUUGUGCCGAGAAAAAAACUGCACAAGAAACGCCCGAACAGAAUAUUAUUGAGUGCGUUCUCCGUGGCUUCCACUCCAGCUUCUCAGUGUUCAACUUCCAAUGAUUCUAUGCUGGAAAGUGAUGAGGAACGUUCGAAUACCCCACCGUUAGUAAGAAAUCAUAUGAAGUGGAGAGAACGGGCCCAAACUCCCGAGCCUAGAGGUUUGAACCUUACUUUAAAUAUGAGCGCAGAGGAAAUGGAAUGGGAAACGAGUACAGCUAACACCACUAACAAUAGCUGUUCGCGCGUCAAUCGACCGAUGAGUUCCAAGUUCUUCAACAAAAUGCGUGAAGCUACACCUUCGAGAGAGCUUGCUCCAUCUCUAUCUUCUUUGUCAAUUGUAAAUGGAGAGCGCUUAAAAAAUCGGUAUGCUUCAAGCAUGAUCUCUCGAACUCCUUCGAACCAUCAUACCUUUCCUUCUUUCACUAGUGACAUUGUAAUUGGUGAUCGGUAUAAGAAUGUGAGCCCUGUCGGAGCUUCUAAGGACAGUGCAUCAGUCUCUGCUUUUUCAUCAGUUAGUAAACGUACUAUGAGAAGAAUGAAUGAUUCGCCUGUAUUGCCGGAGCCUUCUUUGUUCACAUCAGUCAGUCAACAACAAACUUCAACACUUAGUAUCAUGACUAAAAUAAUAAUAGGAACAUUAGUUUUCUCCAGCUUUUUAGGCAAUAUAGCCUUCUUCUACUUCGUUUUCAGAAUGCAAAGCAACCGUGACUCAUAG